AUGGGCUGCGGAUCGUUCUGGAGGACUUCGAAGCCCCCAAAGUCGACUCCGCCCCAGCGAAAGCCGGUGGAAGGAGAAACUGAAGCAUCUGCUGAGACAUCUCUGAAAGUGUCUCCUCCUUUCCGCUCCUCCAGAUCCAAAGGCCUUUCCGAAGAGAAGACCUAUACGCCAGAACAGGAGGCAGCUGCCGAAAAGAUUGGAGCCGCUCUCAGGGGCAGUGCCACACGAUGGCAGGUCAAAGAAGACUACCACGAACUUCGACCACGAGAGGGCGAACCGCUGGACCCCCAAGACGCGGGCUUCUCGCCCUACGCCCAGAGCAAUCCCUCCAUGCCCGUGGUGUCGGACCAUCUCCGCUUCAAGGUACGAGAUGUCACCAAGCAGCGUGUCGUCGAGCAGCUGGGUCAUGAUGAGGUACUGAGCAUGUGGAGCAGCUUCGAGGAUGCUGCAGGCAAGCUUUUGCAGAAGGUGGCGGAGUCUGCGCAGCAGUUGCCGCCUGGACCGAUGAAACAGAUGUCGCAAAUCCAUCUUUUCCAGGGCGACGAGGAGAACGCCAAGGAAGUGCCAAAAGAGGUGACGACAGGCUUCAUAGUCAGACGACAGGAAAACUAUUUGCUUGGGAAAUUCCAAGUGGUUGCCGUUCCAGUCAUCGCCGACUAUGAUUCAGCGUUCAACUCCUUGCAGGUGGAGAAGAAUAACUUCUCUGCCGUCCAGCCGACCACGCCGACUUCGCGUGGAGGGAGCAGUGCGGACUGUGAUGGUCCUCAGGGCUUCAAUGGUUGGUUCUGGGUCCUGCACAGUGCCGCGCCAAACAUAGGUGAAAGUGCACAAGCCGAAGACUUCCUAGCCUAUUCGGUCGAGGAGAGGAACGACGCACAGCCAAGGAGGACAGAGUCCAACCACUCAACGACAUCCACCUCAUCGAGGUGCUGCUGGAAAGACCGUCCAACAGGAAGGCCCUCUCGACGAUUGAACGAGGACGUGUACAUUGCGGACAUUGCUCGUCUCUGGAGGAACGCUUUGAAUGCGAUGCUGUAUCUGGAGGUUGAAGAUGCCAUCUUUUUCCCGUUUGGAAUGGGUGCCUUUUUGCGGCAUUUGAAGCUGAACGACGAUCGCUACGAGGACCCAGCUUGCAUGAGAACGCUGAAGCGGCGGAUUGCCGAUGAGCUCAUGAAUGCGAUCUCUGAUCUCAUAGCUCCGACCAAAGGGAAAAAGACGCAGGCACGGAAAAGACCGCCUUUUCGGGUGCAUCUUUGUCUCGUUUGUGUGAAUCCCGAAAGCAUCGACAACCACAAUUGCUUCGUGGAGGCUGCAGCUGCGAAAGCUCAACUCUGUCCAGAACUAAAAGAGGUCUUGCAGUUGCGGCGCAAUGUCGAUUCUCUUCAGCUCGCAUAUGAACUAGGCAAAAGCAAUCCGGACCAGCCUCUCAAGGUCGCUUUGCUGAAUGGAGCAAAUCGGAAGCUGUGUGGAAAUCAUUGGUUUCAGAGUGGGGCUAGGUAUGCCAUUGAUGAGAACUUGCAUCGUCGAUCUGCAUCCUUGUCGAGAGCCUCUUUGCUGGUGAACUUCGACACAGAACCCAGGCCCAGAGAAGUCACCCAGUUGGAGGAGACAGUGAGGUUCUUCGGAGGUUCGGUGGUGGACUUGGCGAAGGUGCAGGAUAUAUUGGGAUCAGAGGAGCAGAAGAUUCCGGAGGGCAAGACCAAGACGGACUUGCAGAUGGUCAACAUCAAAGCAAAGCAGGAACGGCCUCAGAAAUCAUGCCUCAUGCCCGGCAUCGGCUUCCAUGGGCCGGUGGCGAAGAUCUGGAGUGGUGACCACGGCUGCGUUGUGCUUGCUGGCGACGCUCAGGACAGACUCCUUUGUGCCCAGUCCGGACGGAGCGAGUCCUCCGAUCUCCGAGGGAUCCGACGAACGGGCGUAGAACAUUUGCUGCAGCUGCGCUGGCUGCAGCCUCCCUUGUGGCAGGUGACAAUGCGCGUUGCGCAUCGUAUGUUGAAGUAUUGUUCCUUAGCUAGGCGCUCCGGCACAUGCCAAGGAGGUGAUCCAGGUAUUGCCUCCUGUUCCACCAAAGCCCAGCCCAGAUCCAUUCAUUUACAACUUGCAGGUGGCCGCUUGGAAGAAGGAACCCUACGCUCGAAUGAGGUUAUACUUGCAGGCGGUCACUCAGCGCUUCAUUAUGGACAUGGAGACGGCCAUGUCACGUCACGAUGGAAAACGACGACGGUGUCGACACCGCUCGGAAAGGCAGCAAGAGAAAAGAAGAUCCUCAUUGACAGCGACCUCACGCUGGCUGAGAAUGGCAUUGAGGUGUACGUCUACAAGGAUCAACAGGCCAAAGAGGACCUGACGACCAAGGUAGAGGACUUGGUCAUUAUUCCAUCACAAUUGCAGAAUGCUAUCAGAGUGAUCCAAUCGACUCCGUUUCCUGAAUUUGUGGGCGGUUCGAGGAGAGUCCAACAACAGAAAAUUACAAUUGAAGACAAAAACUAG